CUGCCGGCGUCAGGCGAUAAACGGAUUGGCCAAUGGAUUGUUUACAAUCUGGUUACAGGCACUGAUGUGGAUGAUGGAAAAGCAAAACAUGUUUUUGAUUUGAUUUUUCUAAAAUUUAUCGAUGAAAUAAGACAGCUCAUAAAAAUGGAUGAUCAUGAACAGUCUAGAAAUUCCUGGAUCACAAAAGAUGAUCCGAAACUGGUCUCAGGUAAACAUAAAGAUAUGUUUGAUGAUAUUCUCGAGGACAGACGACAUAACAGCGAUUUACGAUGGUUCACACGAUCACGAGAUGUGCCUAGUUUUAAAUUAAAUAAACCCCGAUCUCCAGAUGACAUCAAAGAACAUGUGAUGAAAAGUGACAGAGUUAAAUAUGCUAUAGAACAGGUGUGUAAGGAAACCCAGUUACCUGUAACAGAUGUAACGAUACAGGCUCAAUCUAUAUUAGAUGAAAUGGCUCACAAUCUGAGACUUGGCGCUGUUCGUGGGUUCGCUUAUUUCCUGAUUAAAGCCAUGAAAAAACUGUUUAAAAGAAUUUACGUCAAUGAAGAAGGUGUGCAAAAGGUGCGUGAAAUAAUGAAAGAAUAUCCUAUAUUAGUAAUGCCAACACAUAGAAGUUACCUGGAUUUUCUCUUAGUGUCAUUUAUAUUUUAUAACUAUGACCUACCACUGCCAGUUAUAGCCUCUGCUAUGGAUUUUAUGGGUAUGAAAUUUUUUGGUUGGUUAUUACGGAACUGUGGUGCAUUUUAUAUUCGACGUAGUUUCGGUGAUGAUCAACUCUACUGGGCUGUUUUUACGGAAUACGUACAAACUCAGAUAUGCAAUGGAGAUUCACCCGUUUCUUUUUAUGUUGAAGGAACGAGAAGUCGAACACAAAAAUCAUACUCACCAAGAUUAGGGAUGUUACAAGCAUCUGUUGAGACGUAUUUUAAAUCACAUAUUCCCGAUAUAAUGAUUAUGCCUAUUAGUAUUAGUUACGACAGAAUUCUUGAAGAAAGUUUAUACGCAUAUGAAUUAUUGGGAGUUCCUAAACCUAAAGAAUCAACUUCAGGGUUAUUAAAAGCAAGAAGUAUUUUAGAGGAAGAUUAUGGAUGUGUCCACAUGUUUUUUGGUGAACCGAUCUCAAUAAGAAAGUUCAUGGAUGGAAAGAUCGAUAGAAGUUCGCAUAAUUUAGCUCCAAGAUAUAUAGCCAGUUUAUCAGCAGAAGAACAAAAUUUAUUAAAGAAUUUAAGUCACCAUGUUGUGUUAAGUCAUCAGAAGAAUAUGGUUAUCUCCCCUUGGUCUCUAAUAGCUAGUAUUUUGCUACAGAGUCAAGAUGGGAUCACUAUUACACAGUUAAUUAAAGAAGUAGAAUGGUUGAAACGUCAAGCAUCAAAUAUAGGUGGAUAUAUUGAUUGGCCUGGGAAUGAAACAGCAGAGCAUGUUAUAAGACAUCAUUUGGCAUUACAUAAAAAUAUCGUCAACGUAAGUGAUGAAGAUGUGGUAGAGUUAAUGCCCAUUGUUAGUCAUGCAGGCAAUCAGGUUGAUCCAUUGAUGCAGACUGCAGCACAACAUCUGAUGUUGUCUUUAUAUCGUAAUCAACUAUUACAUGUUUUUGUUCGGGUUGCCAUCAUUUCAUUGGCUAUCAACGGUUGUCACCAGUCCACGCUAUCUUUAGAUGACUUAUUUAAAAGUUAUACGUUUUUAGAAACUUUAUUAGGUAGAGAUUUUAUAUUUCUUCCGGGAAACACCAAACAGGAUUUUGAGCAAGCGUUAUUGACGUUGACUCAUAGCUGUGGUGUAGUUAUUGAAGAUGGCGAAGUUUUAAUACAAAAAUCAACUAACAAACAUACUACCUUUUAUAGUCAAAUGUUUGAACCAUUUUUAAUAGGAUACUGGAUUUUGUGUCGUUAUUUAUUAUCUGUGGAUCCUAAUGUUCACGGUAAACCGUUGUCAAAACCUCCGAAAACUGUGAUAAAAGAUGGUCAAUUACUUGGAGCCAGAUUAAUAACAGAUGGAACAAUAAAACAUCACGAAGUUCUCUCCCUUGAUAUGAUGAAUAAUGCUCUUAACUCUUUCUAUUUGAUGGGUGCCGUGAGAAAAGAAAAACGGGAUGGUAAUACUUAUAUGUAUCCUUGUAUGGCUCCAUUAUCCAGUCUUACACAACAGCUUGUGAGAUAUGUCGAUGUGCCAGCUCUGCCCAGUGUCAGUAUUAAUGUGGAUACGAAGACUGUCACAGUUAACGCUAAAUUAUAGAUAAUCAAUCGGACAAUCUAUUGAUGCUAAAUUGUAAAUUAUCUAUGGACACUCUAUUGAUUAUAAUUAAGGUUAAAAAUGUGUAAUUAGUCCCAAAUCAAACCAGGUAAAUCUAAGAGCAGAUAUGUAACCCGCUCAGGCGAAACCAGGCGCUUGUCGCACAACUUUAUCUUGUACUAUUGGCACAAAAGCAUAAACUGUAUGCCUUCUUGUUGUUGUGAAUGAGCCAAACUCAACUCCAGAUGAUAUGACAAAUUUUAAAAGAAUUGUAUUUUUGGAAAGCUUAGGCUGUGGACUAUUCAAAUAUGCUGCCAGCUCUAUUUUUAUAAAAAUGACCAAAAGCCUGGUUUUGUUGGAGCAGCUCACAUAUGCGAUGGAUAGCCCAGAUUAUUAUGACUAUUUAUUUGCUGUCACAAACAGAGACAGUGUUUGAUGGUCAUGAGCAGACACCAUGUGUUCUUCAGGGUUUUAAUUUAUUGUUAAAUAAAAUAAUGUAAUAUUCUUGUGAUCACUUCUAAAUAGUUCUAACCCUAACCCUUGUUUACCUUGUUUAUCCCACCGUGACUGAUUGGCUGGCCGGAGAACUUCCCUAUCAAUCAAUUUACAAGCUGUAAAAUUUAACCUUAAACCACAAUACAGUUACAUUUAUAGUAUGGAUGUGACAAUAUUAUCAGGGGAAAAAGAUCUUGCUAACUAACCAGCCAGGGUUCUGGGGCCUGUUUCACGAAAUUUUAACUAAGAUAAAAUCCAAAUUUUAGUAAUUUGAUUGGAUAAUAUUAGAUUGAUUUUAGUGCUUAGCCAAUCAAAGUUGAAGUAUCUACUAAAAUUUGGAUUUUAUCUUUAGUUAAGAUUUCGUGAAACAGGCCCCUGAUAUAGAACAUAAUUCUACUGGACACUGUUUAUUACUCUGUGACGAGUAGGUCUCUCUAGUCUUAAUCAAGUAACUAAUUGCUCAGCAACUGUAUUCCAUUCAUUUAUUCAUUCAUCCAUUCUUGUGUCUUCCCAGUUCAACUUCUUCAAUACCAUUCAAUCAUCAAGUUAUUUACACACAUAUUUACAUUGUUUCAUCAUUCACUUGAACUAUUCAAUCAUGAAGUUAUUUACACACAUUUUUACAUUGUCUCAUCAUUGACUUGAUAAACACUAGAGAAUACGAAUCGUUGCUCAGUAAUAAACAGAGUUGUAAACUGUGUAUUUAUAAUUCCAUUACGAAAUUACUAACCCUUGUAUUUUAAACCCAGAUAAUUUGCCCUACACCUUUUUAGAUCCACUAAUUGAAUGAUCUAUGUUAUUAAUUGGCUAACAGCUGAUAUGAUACAAAUAUUAGCUCAUGUUUGUUAACCAAUCAGCUGAUAUAAUACAAAAUUUUAGCACAUGUUUGUUAACCAAUCAGCUGGUAUAAUACAAAUAUUAGCUGAUGAAUCUGGGGGUUCAAUAGUGAGAAUACUCAGACGAAAUACAGAUUUUAAAAAUAGACGAUGAAUAUGAGUAGUUAUUAUCUAUGAAACCAUGACAAGGGUUUUUUCGUGAUUUGUGCAUUUAAACAACAUUUUGUCUUUUAAUCUAGAAAUAUAGUCUAUAGAAUUAAUAUUCAGAAAUCCCCAAUUUCAACUUUUUUUUAUGAGAUAUUGACUUUGUUUAUGAGAUACUUUGUUUAUGAGAUACUUUGUUUAUGAGAUACUUUGUUUAUGAGAAAUUGUCUUUGUUUAUCGACAAAUUUUUUGAUUUCAAUCGUAUGUUUUGUUAUAUGUCAGUUGGAAGAACCCUGGCAUCUACUGGCAUUUUAUUAGGUCAAACUCUCCAUUUUCUUUUUAGGGUUCAUUAAGGACCAAACUCACUACUGCAAUGCAAUGCUCAAGAGUAUUACUUUAUUUACAUAUACUCUCAGCCUAUUGUAAUAAUAAAGUCAAGCCUAUUGUAAUAAUAAAGUAAGAUUGGUUCUCAGACAACCAUUCCUGGAAAUCUGAUGAGGGAGGUUUUUUUUUUAAUGUUGAUAUUUUGUCAAAUGGUCGGUUGGAUGACCGAAUGGUUAGCACGUGCUCGCUGUAUCAUAAGGUCUGUCACUGAGUCAACUGGGGUAGUUUUGGCUCCCUGGUUGUAUGUGACAAGGAGUAAGCUCGCCUGUCCAACCUCGUGAGUUUUCUUUGGGUCCUCCGGUUUCCUCCCACUGCUAAAGACCCCUACGCGCAAGCGAAUUAUUGAAAUAAAAUUGAACCAUGUGUUAGUCCCAAAAUGACCUAGUUUGUGUCGAACACCAGGAUAUUUUUUUUUAUUUGGCCUGACAAAACAUAUUAUUUAUUUAUAGUAGGGUACAUGUAUAGCUAUAUUUAUUUUGUACAAACUAAACCUGAUAAUAUAAAUUGUAAUAUAUUUAUUCACCUUGUAUUUAACAAGACAAAGAUGAUAAAUAAAUAAAUAGAUUUUACAAUAUUAUAA